AUGACGGGUAAGACACAGGGGAAGGCGGAUAGGGAGGAGGUCCAGUUACGGUGUUGCGUAUCGUCGACUCGUCCAAAGAGCCGCCAGAGCCGCACCUUAUGGCACUUCCCCCCCCCCCCCCCCUGCCCCUCCCUCUCCCCCGCCCCGCGAUCCGGAAGAAUGUUCCGGUGCGUUGAACCGACCGCACACCCAAAGCACCUGACGCUAGUCCGACCACCGUCCGCCGAGGUCCCACCGGCUGUUGCUUGCCCCACUAGGGGCGUGCUCGACGCGGCGAGCGAAACAUCGACGUCGUACAACGCGUAUCGAAGGAGUACACCGUGCGGGGCGUCCGGGCCGGAGGGGAACUUGUGUCGCGCACUGUACGCCCCAUUGUGCGGCGACAAAUACGCCACCGGUAGCCGUGUAGCCACUGCGUAUCGGCGGGGCGUAGCGUAUCGCAUUAGAGCGAGGGCCCUAGCACUAAUCGCGGCGCCCCGGCGCGCCUGCCGACUUAGCGGCUGGUGCCGGGGCGACGAGAGGCACUUUCUUAUGCUGCCCCUGUACCACGUAGCGUUCCCGCCACUCGGCGAUAUACAAACAUUCGUUCCAACGUGUGAAGUGGCACGUAAUACCGCCCCAGCUAGGGUUGCGACACCAUAUUUGCUUGAUCCAAGAUCCAUAUCAACUACACAUCAUAGAUACUACAAGGUUUUCGAAUUGGCGGCAGCCCUAGCGGCCAGCGAGGCGGUGCGGGCACGACGACACGUCCCCGGAGCGGACGACAAAUGGAAUUACCUCCACUGGCUGCGCCGUGAUCGUUAUCCGGGCUAUUAUAGGAGAGAGCGGCCCCCGUUAUGGGCCCGCUGCGUGGCGCCUAAUGUCCGCACCAUCGCGCGGAAUAGCACCGUGCGAGCCACGUUAGGGCUGUUGGAA